CAGACUAAGUCUACAAAGGUUGGAUUCUUCAAACAAGUUAAAAAAUCAUUCCCUAUGUUCCCGUUCCAUGAAGAGAAAGUAAGAUGGGAUGAUUAUGGGGAAAUAAUACGACUUGAAGACUACACAAGUGCUGAACCUGCUAUUCUAGAAGAGGAGACUAGUAAACAACAACCAAUUAAACCACAGAAAGAGAAAGAGCCAGAGGAGGAAACUGUCCAAGAAGUGAAAACGAUCCCAACAAAAUGCAUAGUUGACUCUGUGAACCUUAAGAUCAAUGCAAAUAUCAUGUUCAUUGACUUUGAGGGAAGAUCUGAUGGCGAGUCUAUGCGCAAAAUUCUCUCACAGAUAAAGCCAAGAGAACUUAUCGUAGUCCAUGGAAGCCCUGAAGCUACUAAGUCUUUGGCGGACUACUGUGAACACUCUGGCAUUGUAUCUGGGAAGAUUCACACACCAAUGCUCAAUGAAAUGCUUGAUUGUACCAAAGAAGGCUCAAUAUUUCAGGUGAGGUUACAGGACAGUGUGAUGAGUGCACUGACGUUCUCCAAGACGAAGGAUGCUGAGAUGGCCUGGAUCCAGGCUGCUAUAGAUAAGAGUGUUGCAAAGACAGAUACAUCAGCAAGGCAAGAUGAAGGAAAUUCGAAGGAUGAUGAUAGGGAAGACAAAAUGGCAGUGGAUGACCAAUUGACCGAUCAAACACCCACCUUAGUGGCAUUGUCCAACCAGAUGGAACAGUGUGCUGGACAUGAAGCAGUGUUCAUUGGAGAGUUGAAGCUCUCUGAUUUCAAGCUGGCACUUAUUAAGGCAGGGGUACAGGCAGAGUUUGCAGGUGGAGUUCUCAUAUGUAAUGGCACAAUUGCAAUAAAAAAGAAUGAGGCUGGUAAAAUCCAAAUAGAGGGCGCUCUUAGUCACGAUUACUACCAAGUCCGGGAACUCCUAUAUGAACAGUUUGCCAUAGUCUGAGAGUGUGGAAUUUUACUAUUCUGUUAUUGAAUGGACAUGAUUAAUAUAGGGGCAACAUGCAUCAAGAUGUGUUCACAAUUUAGGCAUUUUUACCAAUACUAUGGUUUGGGGGGGGGGGCUAUGAGAUCUGGAAGCUAGAGUCAAAUAAUCUGAAUAAAUUGGUCUCUUGUGAUCCUUUGAUUACUCUUGUCACCUUGAAAACACUUCUGAACCUAUUUGUAUGUGUCAGAAGCUCUCAGUAUUGGCGCAAUGUAACUAUAUUCAAGUCGCCACACAAUAGAUGUCAUAUCAGAGCAACUAUUAGGAUUUGAGAUAGUUAAGAUGUGGAAUUAGGAACUUCCUUAUAAACUUGUAUGACAUGAAGUAGCUUUUUCAUAUUUAAAGCAAGGAUUCCAUGUGUAAAGGAAGGAUUCCAAAUUCAAGAGCCAAGAUUGUACAUUAUAAAGAUAUGAGUAUUAAUUAUCAACUGGAUCAUUUUAAAUAAAUUCAUAAGUCUGAUAUUAUGAUGUCAUAAUAUGCAUAAUUCCAACAAUGGACUUAUGAAUUUCUUACCAAAUAAUGCUUCAAAAAUCACCCUGUGGUAAUCCAUUAUCACUUUUCUAAAUACAUGUACGGAACUUCUGAAACAUUUAAAAUAGAAUUUAUCAAUUCUAUCUUGGACUUUAGAAAAUAUUUUAAUAAA